AUGCUCCCACAGGAGCUUCCUGAUGGCGCUGGGGAGGGCGGUUGGACGGGUCGUUUCGAGCAGCAUCAACGUGCGGCCGAGGCGCGGCUGGAGAAGUUGGAAGAGGAGCGCCGCAAGAAGGAGUUUUGGGAUGAUUACCGGCGUCGCGAAGACAGGUUGCAUCGCCUCCAGUCGAAGGCGAGCGGCGAGAAUGUGGACUUCUUUACGCGGACGUUGACCAAGGUGGGUUUCUUCCGGAAAUCGGCCACGGAUCGAGCUUCGGGACCGAACGGCUGGCGAGGUCCCCACAACGUUCGCCGUGCGGUCUUCGGCAGCACGGAUGGCUUCUCCGUUGGUCUGAGUGGAGCCCACGAGCCUGUGCCUUCGCGAACGCUAAAGGCGGCUUUCCGUGAAAUCGACCGGGACCAAGAUGGGCUCGUGAGCGCUCCGGAGAUUGUCCGAGCUCUGCGCCGCUGCGGUGUGAAUGCCUCGCGAAGGAACGUCGAGCGCAUUAUGCAAGAGUGCGGCUAUGACAGCACCGGAUUGAUUUCGAUGGACCAGUUCAUCAGCUUCUUCCGGGCGACCGAGAGACUAUCGCGGACAUUGCGCGAUGACUACGAUCCCGUAUCUGCUUGCUGCACCUGUUGCACGAGGUUCAUGUUCUUCCUGCUUCUGCUUGCGAUGCUCAUUGUGGUGAUCUUGCUGCUGGGAGAGGAGGAGGGCUCCGUUCUGUGGGUGUCCCUCGGCCUUCUGUUGAUGCGGGAGCUCAGGGCUUGGGUGCAGGUACUCCCAGACGAGGACGAGCUCGAGAGUAUGUUCUUGUCGGACGGAACCCAUUUUCGGCCGAUCAGUCGCGGCUUCCUCGGUGGUCUUUGGGGUCGCAUGGACGCGGCUUUGCCUAACUCGGUCCAUCGGUUAGCGAUGCUACGCUGGCUUCUGACGGCGCUACUGGGCGUUGUGCUCAUUGGUGUCCCCAUCAUCAUGCAGGAUUUGCCAGAGCCCCAACCGGCUCCGUUCAUACUCAUCGUCCUGCUCUACGUCUUCUGGGCUGUGGUACAGAACAAGCUCGUCAGGAUCUACGCAGGAAUGAGCAUGCGCCCCGCACAGGUUUGUCGUGUAUGGGCUCGGUCACCAUAUGGAGCGCUUUCGGCAGAGCCCUCGCGUUUCGAAGUCUUCCUCCUGCGCCGACCGCGAGAGCGUGGGGCAGAUCCGGUCGUGUUGAUGCUGCGGGAGCAGGAGACCACGGACGCUGCAGCACCCCUUCGUUCCGUAAGUGGCUGCUGCUGCUGUUACACGGACUUCGAGUCCGACCACGACGUCGCGGUGCUGGUGUGCGGGCACAUCUUCUGCGAGAGCUGCAUCGUCACGUGGGCCCUUUCGGGACGACAAAGCGCAUCCACCUGCCCUGUGUGUAGAUACGUCUUCGAAUGUGAGCCUGGCGUAGAGCUGCCAGAGAACCCGGAGGAGGAGGAGACAUGA